AUGGCUUCGGAGGAGGAGGAGGUGGGGACCAUCCCGCUGGUCCUCCAGGAACCUUUUCCAACGGAGUGGGCAGGUGAGAAAAUGGGCAGGCAGAAGAACUACUUGAAAAUGAUUUACAGAUGGUGUUUAACUCAGAGUAGGCUUGCUAAAAUGCCUAAGACUGAAUCAGAUAAGUGCUGGAGAUACAAUGAGGUCGAGGGUACAUUCUUUCAUAUGUGGUGGACCUGUUAAAGGGUGAAAGUGUAUGGGGAAAUGAUCCAUAAUGUAUUGGGAAAAAAUGUCAAAAAGUACUUCCCCCCAAAAAACAGAGUCCUUCCUGUUGGGGAUAAUUCAGACUGAAAUUCCCAGGUGUCAAAAAAUGUUAUUUAUGUAUGCCAACACUGUGGCCUUUGUUUUGUUAGCCCCCAAAUGACAGAAUAUGCACAACUCGCAGACUUAACAUAUACUAUAAGAGAAUUAGAAGAACAUACGCGGGUGGCGCUGUGGGUUAAACCACAGGGCUUAGGACUUGCCGAUCAGAAGGUCGGCGGUUCAAAACCCCGUGACGGGUGAGCUCCCGUUGCUCGGUCCCUUCUCCUGCCAACCUAGCAGUUCGAAAGCACGUCAAAGUACAAGUAGAUAAAUAGGUACCGCUCUGGCGGGAAGGUAAACGGCGUUUCCGUGCGCUGUUCUGGUUCGCCAGAAGCGGCUUAGUCAUGCUGGCCAUGUGACCCGGAAGCUGUACGCCGGCUCCCUCAGCCAAUAAAGUGAGAUGAGCGCCGCAACCCCAGAGUCGGCCACGACUGGACCUAAUGGUCAGGGGUCCCUUUACCUUUACCUUUAGGUGUAAUAAUGGAAUACUGAAUGGUAUAGUUUUUGUAAAAUAUGCAGGUAUUUAUGAUAUGUAAAAUGAACCAUGGAAAGAGAAAAAGGAACGUCAUUGAUAUCUUAAGGAGUACCUUGAAUUGUACAACAGAAAAUGUAAUACAAAUUAUAUACAACAGGUGAGAAAAUGGCCGAUGGAGGCCCUAGAAGACAGACAGACGUUUCUGAGGACGCCGGUGUGACCAACCACGUUGCUCUGGUGAAAAACGAAGCGGCUGCCGCACGCGAGGAAGUCUGCACGAGGGACGUCACGGAGAUGGUGGUGACAUCUCAUUCGGAAGCGGACGACCCCCAGCUUCCAGACCCGCCGCGCUGGGACGAUAUAUUUUUGACGUCUGUUGAGAAGGCUGUUGACACCCGUCCGGGAAAGUGGAUGUCGCAGCUCAUUCCGGGCCUGAAAGAGGAAGGGCCGCGAUUUGAGGAGAGGGAAGCGGGAGAUUAUGGGAAGGUGAAGGCGGCCAUCUUGCGGGUCGACGCCAUCAGCACCGAAGUCCAGCGGCAGCACUUCCGCCUGUUCCAAUACAAGGAGGCCGAUGGGCCCCGCGAGGCCUGCAGCCGCCUCUGGUUCCUUUGCCACCGGUGGCUGAAGCCGGAGAGGCACACCAAGGAGCAGAUCCUGGAGCUGCUGAUCCUGGAGCAGUUCCUGGCCAUCCUUCCGCCAGAGAGCCAGAGUUGGGUCAAAGAUGGCUGCCCGGAGACCUGCGCCCAGGCGGUGAUGUUGGCCGAGGAUUUCCUCCAGAGGCAGCGAGAGCCCGAAAGGCCGGAAGCACAAGUGAGAUAUUGGGUCUCUUAAAUCUUUCAUCCAGGUAUAGGCAGCCUCCAUCCCAGGAAGCAAAUGUGGCCCUCCAGACCUGUCUGUCAGGCCCCCUGCUUGGCCACACUCACUCUCCCCAGGCCAUGGGGCGCCAAAUGGCUCCUCAAACCAGGGUUACAGUCGCCAAAACGAAAUACCUAGUGGCCAUUUGUGGGGCUAGACGGCGCGAAAGUCGACUUUUUUCAAUACGACUUUUUGGUUCCUGAAAUCCGUUCCGAUUGCGCAGAGAAAAUAUAAUGGAUAGAAUUCUCAACAGCACUUGCAUUGGAUAUAGCCCAAAUAUCUGAAAGAACAUCCCCUUCCCUACAGACCCUCUUGGGUGCUGAGGUUGGCAGAGGGGACCCGCCUGGUUGUUCCUCCUCCCUCAGAAGUUAGUGGGGUGGCAGCCCAGGAGAGAGCAUUCUGUGGGGUGGCCCCUCAGUGCAUCCUCUGCACAAGCGACCCCCAUUGCACAGCUUUUGGAGACCGCUGAAGACCCACCUCUUUACCUUUGGUUUUGACACUCAAAGUGUGUGUGGGUUUUUUGGUCCCAAUAUUAAAUUGCUUUUUAAUAUUGUGUUCUAAUUGUUUUAACCCGCCUUGGGACCUUACUUACAAAGGGCAGGCAAGAAAUAUUUUUUUUAAAAAAACAUGAAUAAAUAACGACCCGUCGUGGGAAUGAAGCUGAUUUUUCUGUUCUGGCUUACCAACGGCAACAAGGAAUGGUAAGGGAGGUCUGAGAGUUGUUCAGGGUGGGCUUAGAAUCUGUCUUCGCCUGUGGCGUUGCCCCCCCCCCCCACAUGCUGUAUCUUUCAGCCUCUUUCCUGGUCUUUCAGGUGCCGGGAUUGUUUGAGGAUGCCAGGGAGACGUCCCUGAAGGCCGAAGGAGCUCUGUUGGACCCUGAGCAGAGACAGCAGGGCCUGGAGGUCAAGGAGGAGACUGCUGCGGAGGACAGUUCUUCACGAGGUAAGGUGCCACUGCGCUCAUUUGAAUUUUAAAAUUGGUUCCUUUGGAUGUUGGCAUGCACAACAUGCUUCCUGUGACCCAAACCAUUAAGCGGAGAGCUAGAAGAGAAACAAAGGGGGAGACAGGAAGGGAGAGGCAGGCUUGGUGAGAUGGGGAAGGGAGAGAGACAGGUUGGGAAAGGAUCAUAGAAUUAUAGAGAUGGAAGGGACCAUGGCGGUCAUCUAGUCCAACCCCCUUCAGUGCCAGAAUGUUUUUGUCCAAUGUGGGGCUCGAACCCACAACCCCGAGAUCAGGAGUCUCCUGUUAUACCGACUGAGGAGAAGGGGGAGAGAGAGGGAAAGGCUGGGAGAGAAAAGAAAGAAGGGGAUUGGGGAGAGACAGGAAUCUCCAGCUAAGGCUGGGAGAGACGUCAGCCUGAAAUCUUGCCAAUUGGCAUAGGCAAUAUUAUGCUCACUAGAUCCAUGGUCUGACUCUAUAUUAGUUUCUGAACUUCUGAAAUCCCAGAGCCAAGCCGUUGAUUUUGAUUCUUAAAUUUGUUUUGGGGUUCUUGCUGAUAUUGUGAUAAUUUCUAUCAGGUCUGUGACUGAGACUGAUGAUUUGUAAUUGUUUCUGAUAUGUUUGGAACUUAAUAAUAAUAGUAAUACAGUCGUACCUUGGUUCUCGAACACCUUGGUACGCGUAUGUUUUGGCUCCCAAACGCUGAAAACCCAGAAGUGUUCUGGUUUGUGAACACUUUUCAGAAGCCAAACAUCCGACACGGCUUCCGAUUGAGUGCAGGAAGCACCUGUAGCCAAUCGGAAGCCGCGCCUUGGUUUUCGAACGGUUCCGGGAGUCGAACGGACUCCUGGAAUGGAGUAAGUUAGACAAUCAAGGUACCACUGUAAUUUUAUUAUUUGUAUCCCGCCCAUUUGACUGGAUCGCCCCAGCCACUCUGGGCACCUUCCGACUUACAUAAAAGCACACUUACUGCUCACUUGAUAUGAUUUGUGCCAUUUUGGACACCGUUCUGUGAGAAAGUGGCAUUCAGAUAAAACAGACGAUUAUGAUUAUCAGUGCUAAUCCCCAAAACUGUUCCUUUUAGGCAACCUGUGCCCUAGUGAGAACAACAAAGGGAGCCCCCAGCCAGAGAACAGGGAGCACGAGGGGCUGUGUGAGGCAUCCGAUGAAGGCCUUGAGGAGACCUUCCCUCUCUUUGACAAACUGGAAGACCUACCUGAAAGGCCGCCGCAAUCAGAUAAGCCGUCGAAAAAGCCACCCAGGAAGAGGCUGCAAAAAUCCAUCCCAUUGGCGGGUGGUUACGAAGAUCUCGGUGUAGCCGCAGCAGAGAAGGAGACGGGUGAGGGCAAGCCGCCCAUGAAGAUCAUCGUCUACGAAGAAAACUUCAGUCAGGGCUCAGACCAAGCCGGAGAGAAAAUUCACAAGUGCUCGGUGUGCGGCAAAUGCUUCAGCCUCCGGUCGCGCCUUAUCGUUCACGAGAGAACCCACACGGGAGAGAAGCCGUACACGUGCUCCGACUGCGGGAGGAGCUUCAGCGUGAGCUCGAGCCUCAUUGCCCACCGCAGGACGCACACGGGAGAGAAGCCCUACAAGUGCUCGCACUGCGCCAAAAGCUUCAGUGUGAAGUCGGGACUGAUCGCUCACGAGAGGACCCACACUGGAGAGAAGCCAUACAAAUGUCUGUACUGCAGCAAGAGCUUCCGGCGCAACUCGGGCCUUGUUAGUCAUCAGAGAAUCCACACCGGCGACAAACCUUACCAGUGCUCGGUGUGCGAGAAAAGCUUCAGCGACAUCUCGAACCUCAUCACGCAUCACAGGAUCCACACGGGGGAAAAGCCGUACAAGUGCUUGGAGUGUGGGAAAAGCUUCAGCCAGAGCUCGUACCUCAACAGCCACCAGAGAAUCCACACGGGGGAAAAGCCAUACGAGUGCUCUGAGUGCGGGAAAACCUUCAGCGUGAGCUCUCGCCUCAGGAAGCAUCAGAGAAGCCACACAGGCGAGAGACCGUUUAUAUGUCUGGACUGUGGGAAAACCUUCAGCGAAAGCUCAGAUCUCCUCGCACACGAGAGGGCCCACACCGGGGAGAAGCCCUACCGGUGUUCAUUCUGCGGGAAGAGCUUCCUGCGCAGCUCGGAAGUAGUCAGCCACGAGAGGAUCCACACCGGCGAGAAGCCAUACCAGUGCGGGGAAUGCGGGAAGAGCUUCAGCGUCAGCUCCCGCCUCAGUGCGCACAGAAGGAUCCACACAGGAGAGAAGCCUUUCCAGUGCGUGGUGUGCGAGAGAAGCUUCAGCUACAAAUCACACCUCAUUACACAUCAGAGAAUCCACACUGGCGAGAAGCCCUUUCAGUGCUCCGUCUGUGGGAAGAGCUUUCGUGGCAGCUCUAGCCUCGUGGCACAUGAGAGGACACACACAGGGGAGAAACCGUACCGGUGUUUGGACUGUGGGAAAAGCUUCACGCAGAGCUCAAACCUCAUUAGUCAUCAGAGAAUCCACGCAGAAGGAAACUCAUGA